AUGAUUUAUCACGACAGUCCUCCUCAACAGCGACGCCAAUCCUUGACGUACACCAAACAACGAAGAUCGUUGAUUGGGGAGAACUAUGCGCAACGACGUCGUCCGGGCGAUAUGUUCUUUUUGUACCGAGCCGCCAUCUUUGGUUCCUUCUUGAUGGCGAUUGGACUCUACAUUUCGCACGAAAGUUCCACCAGUGUCAAAAUGGCUCAAAAUGUGGGAGCCUUUUUGCGCCGCCAACGACGACCCAAACAACAUGCUAGUACCACCCAAUUGUACUACCGUCGUCCUCGCAAACAGUAUGCUCGGAACGUGUGGACCAUGACGGAUUUUAUCGUGAAUGGAGUCAACCUGGCGUCGUAUGGAUUUGAAACUAUGGAACAUCCAUCGCAAUUGCUCAAGGAACACUUUUUGCUCUAUGAGGAUUUUGAUAUCUCACCUGAAUUGGAGGAACAUACCAUUGCCGAACUGGAAGGGACGUUGGUGACACCCGCCACUACUGAUUUGCUCUUGUAUCAUCGUCAUUUGGAACAUCCCACCCUAGCGUUCUACAUGGACCGAGUGGCACUGCGACUUUACUACAAGGCUGUGGGGAUCCCCAUACCCACUUCCUUUGUCCUCAAGUACAAGGAUGACUGGAAAGACAAGUACGAGAAGAAUGACGACAAACAAGCCAUUCUCACGUUCCUUCCAACAGCCGCUGACUAUGUCGUCAAGGCAUCGCAUCGAGUCAGCAACCCGUCCACUCAUUUGGUCUCGUACGAUGAUCAAACGCAACUGCAUCUCAUGGGAUCUCACCAGGACAAAAUCGACAUGGACUAUGAUGCCGAUCUAUUGGCACACCAACUCACCCAAGCCAUGCAUCAAGAGAUUCAAUACACCGAUCCAUGGUCACUUCUGCAUGUCCAUCCUGGUAUUGUUGUGGAAGAUCGCAUUUCAUCCUUUGAUUCACCGCAUCGUCCGCCACUGGAAAUUCAAGUCUAUGUCAUUUGGGGCAAAGUAUGGAUGGGUGCCUGGCCACAUGCCGAAGGACCGACUCAUCCCGGUAUGAUUCAUCGCAAUGGAUCCGUCGUCAUGGACGAUCAUGCCAUGGUCAAGGUUCCCGAUUGGGUCCAAUGGGAGACCAUUGUGGAAGUGGCUGAAAACUUGGGUGCCCACAAGGAUAUUUAUCAAGUCAACUUUUUGAUUGGUGUACCCGCCGAAACGGCCCAUUUGCUGCAACAUUCGUCACGACAAGAACAGUUGGCGGCCAUUCAAGUCGUCGUGGCCGAUACACAACUCAAUCCAUCCAUUGCCUUUCACGAGAAGGAGCUAUUGGAUGAAAUGGGACGGCUGUGGUUGGCGGGAUAUAAAAUGGGCAUCUUCAAGGCUGUUCCCAACAUGGAAGUACCGACGGAAUAUGUACAGAAACAGCAGUUGACCGAUGCCGAUACACGAGAACCUUCCAUCAUGGCAACCUGGGCCAAAGCAAGUUUUGACUGGAAACUCAAUAGCAUCGAAGAGGAAGAUUGA